AGUGUAGAAAAAGCAUUUGGCUGGAUACAAAUAUAAAGGCAACAUAAAAUAAAUACUUGGAUGUAGCAGUAGCAAUGAUUAGCCAAAAAAUGUCGCUAGGAAAUUUGGACUUUUGAAGUAUUUUUAUUCCUUGCUAAAUUGUUUAUGUAAUAUAGUUCAUGCAAACGUUAAAAAUGAGAUCAAUAUGCCGCGGAGUGCAGUGAAAGAACGUUUGUAUUUUUCAUAGGCUUAUAAAUAAAUUAUUUCCACUCCAUCAUCGUAUAAUAAAUCUGCUAUCUCUGCAAAAAUGUCGUAUCGCCACCGAGGCGGAAGAUCUCGACACAAUAAUUCCAGGGAAAAUGAAAGAUCAGAUGACAGAGAUGACAGUGGCUCUGGAAUGUCAAGGGUACAAAGAGGUGGUGGUCAUCCGCCACAUCUUAGAGGAAAGGCUAUUGGGCUUUAUUAUAGAGAUAAAUAUAUAGCUAAGAAUGGUAAAAAGCAAGCAAAGGAUACAAAGCAGAUAAUGCCUAUCAAAUUAAGGGCUUCUACAGAGCAAAGAAUUGAAAGUUUAAUCGAAACACCAAAAAGUUCAUAUGAUAAAUAUUUUGAUGUAAAAGAACAAAAUAUUGACAAUGUAGAUUUUGAAUCCAGGUACAACCAUAUCAACGAUUCACAGUUUAAAAAGAAAUUUUUAAACAUCAUUAGUGGAAAUUUGCAAGAUAAUUUGAGAAGAUCAUUGAUAUUGCAACCAAAGCUUCAGAGAGAUGAAAAUAUGGACAUACGUUUACUGGACGAGUUAAACACAAUCAAAGCAAGUUUUCAGUACAGAAACAUGCUUAAAUUUCGUGCAAAACUACCAGCUUAUGAAAAAAGACAUGAAAUUUUAGAUCUUAUUUACAGUAAUCAAGUAGUAUUAAUUAGUGGUGAAACAGGAUGUGGUAAGACUACUCAAGUUGCUCAGUUUAUAUUAGAUUAUGAAAUAGAAUGCGGGCGAGGCAGUACAACAAGCAUUGCUUGUACUCAACCAAGAAGGAUAUCAGCAAUUACAGUAGCUGAAAGAGUUGCUGCUGAGAGAACAGAUCGACUUGGAAAUUCAGUAGGCUACCACAUUCGUUUAGAGAAGGUAUUAGCAAGACCUCAAGGAAGUAUUGUGUACUGUACCACUGGUAUGUUAUUGCAAUUCAUGCAAAUGGAUCCAGCUUUGAGAAAUUAUUCUCAUAUUAUUUUGGAUGAAAUUCAUGAAAGGAGUACACAAAGUGACUUCAUUAUAACUCUAUUGAAACAAAUUAUUCCCAAAAGGCCUGAUUUAAAAGUUAUUUUAAUGAGUGCAACAUUAAACUCAGAACAAUUUUCUAAAUAUUACAAUAACUGCCCUAUGAUUCACAUUCCUGGAUUUACUUAUCCUGUUGAAGAAUUUUAUUUAGAGGAUGUACUUGCUAUGACUGGAUUUCAAUUUCCAGAGCCUGAACUUCCAUUAAACAAACACAAAAAAGUUAAAAAGAAACAAAGGCAAGAACUGGAAAAGUUUCAUAAAUUUCAAGAAUUCAUUGGACCAUAUAUACGCCAUUUGGAGUCUUUGAAAAGUCAUUCAAGUCGCGUGCUAGAACAGUUACGAAAUCCAGCGACUGAGGAUCUUUCGUUUGAUCUUAUAUGCGAAUUAACCAAACACAUUUGUUUAACCAAAGGUCCUGGUGCAAUAUUAAUUUUUUUACCAGGGUUGAUGGACAUCAAUAAAGUAAAUAGAAUGCUUUUAGAAUGUGGUAGUUUUCCCAGAGACAGAUACGUGAUUUAUCCUUUGCAUUCAAGAAUGCCGACUGUUGAUCAAAAAUGUAUAUUUGAAGUGCCUCCCGAAGGGGUUCGGAAAAUAAUCAUAGCCACGGUUAUAGCUGAAACAUCUAUAACGAUAGAAGAUGUUGUGUAUGUUAUAGACUGUGGUAAAACCAAAAUCUCAAAAUUCGAUAUUGCAAACAAUUUGCAAACGCUCGAACAAGAAUGGGUUAGCGAAGCUAACGCGCGGCAACGUAAGGGUAGAGCAGGAAGAGUACAACCUGGGGUAUGUUACCAUCUGUUUACAAAAGCUCGUGGAUAUGCAUUUGAUAAAUAUCCUUUGCCUGAAAUGCUGAGAACGCGGCUGGAAGAAGUAAUAUUACAAAUUAAAAUCUUGCAAAUUGGAAAGGCUGACACAUUUUUGGCCAGUGUGAUGGAUCCACCAGAUCCACAAGCCAUAAGCCUAUCAUUAGAAUUAUUAAGACAAUUGAACGCCCUUGACGAAAAUGAAAAUUUGACUCCAUUGGGUUACCAUUUAGCUCAAUUGCCUUUGGAUCCUCGAACAGGAAAAAUGAUAAUAUGGGGAGCCAUGUUUUCGUGCAUUGAGCCGAUUUUCGCAAUAGCUGCUAGUCUUUCAUUCAAAGACGCAUUUUACUGCCCCCUUGGUAAGGAUGACGAAGCACAGAAGAAAAAGAUGGAACUCGGCAUGAAUCAGUACAGUGAUCACCUAGCCCUGGCCGAAGCUCUGAAACGUUUCGAUGAGCGAAAUUACAGAGGAAGCGUGUACUCUUUCUGUCGAGAAUAUUUUCUCUCCUGGAAUACCUUGAAACUGCUGUCGGACAUGAAGCAACAGUUUGCUCGAUAUCUGUACGAAAUGAAGUUUUUGCGCAAUGACAACCCGAAUGACGAUUUUGCUAAUAAGAAUUCACAUAACAAAUCUUUGGUAAAGGCUAUCGUGUGUGCUGGACUGUAUCCAAAUAUUGCGAUUAUCAAGCGAGCUUCUAGAGGUGGUGUUAAAGCUCUGACUACCGAAAAAGAAAUGGUAAAGCUGCAUCCAUCCAGUUUGAAUAACAAAGUUACUUCUCUCUCUUCUUUUCCUAGCCCUUACAUAACGUACUUUCUUAAAAGGAAAACUACUGCUAUCUAUUUGUUUGAUACUACUUGUGUUAGUCCGGUAGCGUUGCUUUUUGCAUCACCACGUGCGUCGACAGGAGAAAUGAAUGGCCAAAGCGUUAUUACAGUUGCUAAUAAUUUAUCGUUCUUGUGUGAACCAAGGACUGCCAAAAUCAUUCAGAAAUUGCACGAGAAGUUCGAUUGCUUGUUAGAGUUUAAAAUCACGCACCCCGGCACAAUCAAUUGGGGCGCUCACGAAGGAAACGUCUUGAACGCCAUAAUCGAGCUAUUGUCAGAAGGAGACGAGAAUAUCGGAUUGGAAUCCGGUCGAUACCAUGCUUGGGAUGGCUUUGACGAGGACGACUUCGAUUACGACGAAGAUUAAUCUUCCAUCAGGCAUUACAAGAGCUACUGGAUCCAAUGAUCUGCCAAGCUGAUUGUGGAUCUUAGUGGACUAAAUUUUCAGACAAUGUCUAAGAGUAUCGAUACUCUCGUUUUUGUUAAAAGUUUUAAGAAACGCGAUAAUCUUUAAAUUUUCUAUUUAUUGAAUCUCGAUAAUAAUUAGCAUUUAGUUUUCAUAGCAUUUCUCGUAAAGUAACAGAAUUUCGAAGAAAUCGAAAUAGGAACAAAUAGAGUUGUAUGAUGUUAAAUGCGUUUUAUGUUUAAAGGGUUUUUUCGAUCUAAGCAAACUUUUUUUUAAAUACAUGCGUUCGUACAAAAUGUUAUGAGUUUACUUGACCGUCGUCUUCUUCGGGUUUGCGCUUAACGAGUUUAUGUGUAAUAAACUCGCAACGAUUAAUAGAGUUGAAUUAAGACCAAACGAAUCAUAUAGUUCUUAAAUAUGAUUGAGGAUUGUGGACAUUUGCACAUAGUCUCAAAUUUAGUGUUUUGAAUAAAAAGUGAAGCAAGAUUUUGG